CGUCACUUCCGGAUUACGUUCCCUUUGGGCGCGUAUUUUUGAAACCAGAAGCUGUAAUAUCGGUUCGGACUGUAAACAGAUAUAAAUGGCAUCGAUUAAAGAUCUGGAUGUCGGGGAAAAGUUCAGCAGCAAGCUGGAGGAAAUCAGGACUAAACUGUUGUCUCAGGCAAUGGGCGAAAUGCUGAACGAAGCUACAGUGGAAUUCUGUCAAGCUCACAAACAGUACAUGAAGUCUGUUGUGGAUACAUGUUCGAAAAAGUGCCGGGAAGAUGAGACCAUGUUUGAAACCAUACAGGGUUAUACAGAAGAGUUGAAACAUCUGAAUUCCAACAUGAGGGAGAGAAAUGGUGAAAGACCGGAAAUCUUGGGAUCGAUCCAGGACAAAGAAAGCCAUAAAGAACACCUUAUUCAAAAGAUUGAGAAGCUGAAGCAAGAGCAGGCCAAGAACAGAGAAUUGAUUCACUCACAAAACAAAGCCAACAAGGACCGACUAAAGAACUUGAACAAAGUUAAAGAGAUCUUCCAGGAAUGGCUAAGCCUUGAGAUCCGAAAAAUCCAGGGUGAGAAGCUGCAGUUCAUCUUCAGAAACAUCAACCACAAGAAUCCACAAAAUGCCUUCACCUUUCUUUUAAGGAUAAAUGAGAAUGGAGAGUACCAAAUCGUCUCCUGUGAUCCUCCCCUGGCGAAGAUGGAUCAGCUUGAGCGUCAACUUCAGGAGACCAACAACCUCUCUGCAUUUCUGGCUAAUGUCAGGAAAGAGUUUGUGGCACUACAUAAUACUACAAAGACUGCCUGACUUCACAGAGAUUAAUAAUCAGCUCAGUUCUGUAUAUAUUUAACUGUUAAAAAGCUCUAAUGCAGCCAGCAUUUUACUAUCAAGACGCAGUAUCCGGUGUGACUGUGUGCUUAUUUUAUUAGUAUCGUACUUUAACCUUCUUAUUGUGAUACCUGUAUAUAAUUCUUUUUGGUCUUCUUUACAUAAUAAAAUAUGUUUGUCGUAA